AUGGGUGUGGUGGUUGUACAGGUAUUCGCAUACUGGCCCCAUAUCCGAACGGACAAGAAGCACAUCGUGGCUUUGGUCUGCGCGGCUGUCAUCUCGACUACUGCUACGACGAUAUUUCUCAUGACUUGGGUGAAUCACCUCUUCGUAUGGAACUUUGGAGACUAUUUUCCCUUCACAAGUAUCGCUUGGCUCACCAGAGACUUCAUCCUCAUGAUCACUGCCGUCUGCAUCGUUGAAAUUAGUCAAUUCUCACCAGUUAUUUUCUACGUCGACAGAGCGUGCAGACUUUACCGCCACUGGUGGCCAGCCGUAGUCCUCAGUCCCUUCGUCUUCGCAUCGGUCGCGUUCGGUAUCGCGCUCCUACUCGCCCUCAACCGCAGAUUCGAGCUCAUCACACCGGAAACGAUCAGGGACCCGGGUAUUGCGGUGCUCACUUAUAGUUGGCACGGCUUUACAUUGGCUUCCGACUUUCUCAUCACUUGCCUUAUCGCAUACGGGCUCAAGCGCGUCAAGACAGGAUGGACACAUACCGACUCGAUGUUGCGCCGCUUGAUCAUACGAUUCUUCGAGACGCAAUCACCAGCUCUCAUCAGUUCAGCUGCUACUCUUAUAGCUUGGAACAAGCGCUACGACGUCGCCUUGGUCUUCCUCUCCGUACAAUCCAAGAUUUACACCAUCGGCCUCCUCACAACCCUCAUCCUCCGACCAACGGCCGGUGAUGGCAACACCUCCAAGUCGAAAUCCUCGUAUGCCGGCUCUAGCGGGAACGCCUACUACCCCAAGCCCAGCUUGAUAGGUGUGGAUGGGGAAAGCAAUCCUGAAGGAUUUGAGAGGUCGACAGAUGAGUUCGCGUAUGUCCCAGCUUUGAGGUCAGGCGGGCAGCGAUAG